AUGGAAUGUAUUGUAGUCAGUGAAAACAGUAGGUUUUCCUUUUAUCAUAGUCUUUUAACCAAUGGGAAUAUUUACAAUUACUUAGAUUUGAUACAAGUUAUUGGAAAUAUUCAUAAUAAAUAUACAGAAAUAAAUGAUAUAGUUGAUAAGGUAUAUAAAGAGAGAACAGACUUAUUGAAUUAUGUUAAAAAUGUGAAAGAAAAUGAUACAAAUUUUGAAAAUUUCCAAACAAAUUCGAUCAAACAAAAUGUACACCCAUUAUAUAUGUACAUACAAGACAACCUAAAUACAGUAUCUAUAAAUAAUCAGUUUAUAAAUCCAUUGAACGAUGCAAAAUUUAAUAACAAGUGUGAAGUAACACAUGAUAAAAAUUAUAAACCUGAUAAGGGUAGUCAAACAGGUGAUAGUAGUAUUCCCCUUGAAGGGAAUACAUAUUUCCCCAUAUUAAACAAAAGGCAGUCUGAAAAGAAUGGACAACCAUUGUUGAGAUAUAAUGAGGCAAUUCGAAUGUGUAGUAGUGUUGAAAAUGAAAAUGGAGGCAGUGAAAAUGGGGAGAAUGUUAAUGAAGGGAGUGGGAAUAGUGAAAAUGGAAAUGAAGGAAGUGGGAGUGAAGGAUGUGGAAAUGCUGGAAGUGGAGGAGGAGAAAAUGGAAAUGGAGGAGAAGAUGGAAAUGGAGGGGAUGGAUGGGAAGAUAAAAAAAAGUGUGAAAAUGAUGAAGAAGAGGAUGAAGGAAAAAAUGAAAAUAAUAUAGAAGAAGAAGAAAAUGUUAAUACAAAUGGUGAAAUAAAUAAUUUAUCAAAACAAAUGUAUAACGAACAAAUAAAAAAUAAAAUAGAAAUAAAUACAAAGCAUGAUAAUAUAAUUGGGAAUAUGCCAAAUAAUAUGAUUGGAAAUUUAGGUGGGAAUAAUAUAAAAUAUGAUACAUUUCAAGGAGAUGACAAAAUAAUGAUAAACGGAAAUUAUAUUAAUAACAAUAUUAGCACUUCUUUUAAUAUGAAUAAAAAUUUAAUGAUGAAUCAAAAAAAUAUAAAUUUAAAUAUAUCAGGAAAAGGAUAUAGAGGAAAUAAAAUAAAUGAAGGAGGUAAAACACCAAAUGGAAUAAUGGGUAAAGAAAAUGAGGAAGAAUAUCAAAAUGAUAAUAUAAAUAAUAGUGGAAUUUUAAAUGAUGGUAAAAAAGAUUUUAUAAAACCAGAUGGAAUGGAUAUAAAUAAUAUGAACAGCAAUAUUGGAAAUAAUCCAAAUAUGUAUAAUCAAAUGAUGGCUAGUCAUAUAAAUCGUAUGAAUAAUAAUAAUUUAUUAAUAAUGAAAAAUAUGAAUAAUUUUAAUCCUAUGAAUUUUCCUAUGAAUUCUCAUAAUUUUAAUAUGAUGACACCAUAUAAUAAUAUAGGAAGUAUAAUAAAUAACAACAUGCCUAAUAUGGCUAAUAACUUUAUGUUAAACCCUCAAAUGAAUGGAGUUACUAACGAUAUAAAUAUGGGAAACCCUUCUAGUAGUAUUCUUGGUAUUUUAGGUAAUCCAUCUUAUAAUAAUAGUGGGAUUCCAAAUAAUGUUGAUCCAAACUUAAGUAAAAAAAGUUUGUCAAUUUCUAUUGAUAAAGAGAAAAGUAAUAAAGAUAAUGGAAUAAAAGGUGUAAAUAAUAAUGAAAGUAAUGAAAAUGGAAAAAAAAAUAAUGGUAAAAAUUUAAGUAAUAAAAAUAUAAAUAAUGUUGAAGGGGGAAGUAAAAAUAGUAUAAAAAAUAUACGUAUUGAAAAUUUAAAAUUUAAUGAUAAUGUAGAUUUAAAAAAUGUUGAUGGAAUAGAUUUAAGUCCAUAUUUUGUAAAUGGAAAAUAUUCUUCGAAAUUAUCGAAUGAUGAUAAAAUAUUUAAUAUAAUUUAUUAUAUUGUUAAUAAUUCAUUACAUGAAUAUUUAACUGAUUUUUAUAAUACCGAAGAUUUGGGAUAUAAAGAAAAAGAAGAAAUAGAGGAAGAUGAAAAUGUUCAUAGUGUUUUAAAAAAUGGAAUUACUGGUGAGGGUAGAGAAAUAAAUUCAUUGACCCCAGAUAAAAAUGGAAAAGAAGAACAGGAUGGGUUAGUUGAAAAUCCCGACCAAAUUAAUGAAACUGAGGAAAAUAAUAAAAAUAAAAGAAAUGCCGAUGAGGUUGAUGGAAAGGGAAGUGAUAAAGAAGAUGAAGAUGAUGAUAGUAUGAUACGAAAAAAAAAAAAAAUAAAAAUUGAAAAUGAAAAUAAUGGAAUAAAUUCUGUUUCGAAAGAUAAUCAAAUGGAUGAUGAAGAAAAAAAGGAUUUUAAUAUGACUAGUACAGAUAAAUGUAUGAAUAAUUUGAAACAAGAAAUGAAAGAUAAUGAAAAUAAUUAUAUAUUAGGUGAAAUAACAAAAAGUAUUUGCUCUAUAAUAAAUUUACAACAAUUAAUGCCUGUAAAUACAAGAUUAAAUAAUCCUGGAUUAAUUUAUGAUCCAAAUUAUGAAACUAUAUAUUCAAAAUGGAAAUCCUUUUUAAAGAAAGAACAAUCAAGUGGAAAUGUUAUAAGCAAAUGUUUUUCACGAGAUUUUUUACAUACUGUUUUAUUAUGUAAUUAUGAUAGUAUAAUUGAAGAUUUAAAAAAAACAGCAGUGAAAAAAAAAAUAAAAUAUUUCUUUAUUCACCUUUGUUUGGAAUCUGAUCUUCCUAUUAAUGUUGCAUUGAUGCUCUUUUUGAAUGCAACGAAGCAGAGCGACAAGUUGCAGUCCUUACUUCCAUCCGAAACUGGGUUAGGAUAUUUGCAUCGAGAUGCAGGAGGAGCAAAAGAAGAGAACAUGGGAAUUAUCACUUUUGAGUGCAUAACAAAUGAUAGAGAACCAGAUCAUUUAAUUAAAUUAAUAACAUUAAAAAAUAUAUUUUCAAGACAACUACCUAAAAUGCCUAGAGAAUAUAUUGUUAGACUUGUAUUUGAUAGAAACCAUUAUACAUUUUGUUUAUUAAAAAAAAAUACAGUAAUUGGUGGUGUAUGUUUUAGACCAUAUUUCGAACAAAAAUUUGCUGAAAUUGCAUUUUUAGCAGUUACAUCAACAGAGCAAGUAAAAGGAUAUGGUACUCGUCUUAUGAAUCAUUUAAAAGAGCAUGUCAAAAAAUUUGGAAUCGAAUAUUUUCUAACAUAUGCAGAUAACUUUGCUAUAGGGUACUUUAGAAAGCAAGGAUUUUCACAAAAGAUUUCGAUGCCCAAGGAAAGAUGGUUUGGAUAUAUAAAAGAUUAUGAUGGAGGUACAUUAAUGGAAUGUUAUAUUUUUCCAAAUAUAAAUUAUUUAAGAUUAUCUGAAAUGUUAUAUGAACAAAAAAAAACUGUAAAAAAAGCUAUACAUUUUAUAAAACCUCAAAUUAUAUUUAAAGGAUUAAAUUAUUUUACUGAAAAUAAAGGAGGUAAUUUACAUCCUAGUAAUAUACCAGGUUUAUUAGAAAUUGGUUGGAAAAAAGAACAUAGAGAUAUGACAGCAAAAAAAACUCAUCAUAAAGAAAUUCAAUUAAAGGAUCAAAUUAUAAAUGUUCUUGAUUAUUUGGAAAAACAACAAUCUGCUUGGCCAUUUUUAAAACCUGUCAGUCUUUCUGAAGCCCCAGAUUAUUAUGACAUCAUCAAAGAGCCCACUGAUAUUUUGACUAUGCGAAGGAAGGCCCGCCAUGGGGAGUAUAAAACGAAGGAAGACUUUGGUAUUGAGCUGAAGAGGAUGUUUGAUAACUGUCGAUUAUACAACGCUCCAACGACGAUAUACUUUAAAUAUGCCAAUGAACUACAAGCCUUAAUCUGGCCCAAAUAUGAGGAAAUCAGUGAAAUGGCAAAGUAA